AUGAUUAUCCAAGGCGAAUCUGAGACUCUUUAUGAGUAUUGGAAGCACUUCAACAAUCUCCUAAACGCAUGCCCCCACCACAUGAUUGACAAGUUGGUGUUGAUCAGCUACUUCACACAAGGCAUGAAGCCUCAAGACAAGACUACAUUAGAUGGUGCAAGCAAUGGUUCUCUGAAAAAGUAUAAGACCACAGAAGAAGCAUGGCAACUGAUAGCCGACUUGGUCGAGUCUGCUCGGAAUCACAAGCACAACAGGAACAACCACCCCAAGGCUGUGGCAGAGGUUUCCUCUAGCAGUGAGAAUAAUGCUCUCACACAAUCAAUAUGUGAGAUGACCAACCUACUGAAGCAGAUAUAUUUGGGUCAGCAACAAUCUCAGCCACCCUCACCACAACAUAGUCAACAACUGGUUUCUCAAAGAGUAUGUGGAAUAUGCACUGAUUAUAGUCAUUACACUGAUGAGUGUCCACAGCUCCAACAUGAGAAUAACACCGUGGCAGCUACUCACAAUUUCUAUGACCGCCCGAAUCAAGGAUACUACCAACAAGGCGGCAACUAUAACCAAGGUGGGAACUUCAACCAAGGGAAACCGUCAUCCAUCCUGCUCGGAAGACCAUUGCUGAAGACCUCCAAGUUCAAGUCGGAUGCAUUCUCAGGAACCUAUUCUUUUGAGAUAGACGGCCGAGCAGUGAGCUUCAAUCUGAAUGAGGCUAUGAAGCAUCCGCCGGAAGGCCAUUCCAUCUUCCAGUGCGACAUCAUUGAUGAGACCAUAGCUGUAGUUCACCAAGAAGAAGUAGAAGAGGCGCACAUGGAGCAAGGUCCAAGUGUGGGGAACCCUUCUGAACACAAUGAGGACAUUAUACCAUCGCCACUGGCUCUAGACGAUCCAGUGCCCAGUCAGGAGUAG